AUGGCGGACACUUCUUCCGAGUCGUAUUCGCAACCACAGAAGAAUCUCUUCGCGCACCAGUUCCAGAAUGCUACAGCGGCUGCUUCCUCCUCUUCCGAGUCCAAGCGCGAUGAAUCCGCAACGACAACGAAAACGCCCAGUGGGGUCGUCUUAGAUAAAGAUGGGAAACCAUGUCGAACCUGCACAUCCGCCGCCGCGUGGAAAAACCUUACCAAACAAGCCAAAGCCAUCCCCUCAUCAACACCAGCAUCAACCCGCCAACCACCAAAAGAAUGCCCUCCAGACGUCGAAGAACUCGGGCGCUCAACCUGGACCCUCCUUCAUAGCAUGUCAGCAACAUAUCCCGAAAAGGCCAACACAGAACAGCAAAGUGAGAUGCGUGGCUUCCUGAAGCUUCUGUCGAAGCUCUACCCGUGCUGGGUAUGCGCCGACGAUUUUCGGACCUGGAUGGCGGAGCCGAGUGGGAAGAACGAGCCGAAGCUGGGUGGGCGGAAGGAGUUUGGGAACUGGAUGUGUGAGGCGCAUAAUGAGGUGAAUCGGAAGCUCGGGAAGAAAGAGUUUGAUUGCCGGCUCUGGGAGGAGAGGUGGAGGACUGGGUGGAAGGAUGGGAGGUGUGACUAG